AUGAUCACGGUUGUGCGCGAAGUGGGCAUGGACGAUCUUACAGGCUCGGGGUUCGUGCAGCCAGCCGUCGAUAUACAGUGCUGUCCGAAUGACUCGUGCCGUCGGGACGACAUUGUCGACAGACUGAGGCAGGCCCUCACAAUUGUCCUCACAGACUCCGAAGACGCAGACUCCGAAGACGCUGUCACUGACCCUCUGUGUGCUGCCACUGACCCUCUGUGUGCUGCCACUGACCCUCAGGAUGCCGUUGUCGAAAAUCACUCCGUAGAGGGAAAUCCCUUGGAGAAAGAUUCGGGAAACAACUCCGGAGAGGCGGAAGGGGCAAGGGUCCGAGACGUCCGGCCCGACGACCAAGGCUGGAGUGACUGGAAUGAAUGGAAGAAGACCAGUCCGUUACUCAACGAGGAUUUGGGACUAUUGCCCUUGGACAUCCUCAAGAAAGUCGCAGUCAUGCUAGGCCUCAAAUCCAACGUAGGCACACACAUUCUUCACAGAGCUGGGACUCGUGUCGAAGACAGUGAUCGCCGGCACUUGCUUGCCCGUAAAUAA